AUGGUGUCUCUGAGCGACCUGCAGCGGAUUGGUGUGGGACUGGUUGGCUUUGGCCUCUUCUUUGUCCUCUUUGGGAUCCUCUUGUACUUUGACUCGGUGCUCCUGGCCUUUGGGAACAUCCUCUUCCUCUUUGGCUUAAUCUUCAUCAUCGGCUUCAGGAGGACCUUCACCUUCUUCUUCCAGCGGACAAAGAUGAAGGGCACCAGCUUCUUCUUCGGGGGAGUCAUUAUCGUCCUCCUGCGAUGGCCUCUCCUGGGCAUGCUGCUGGAGGCUUAUGGCUUCAUCAACCUCUUCAGGAGUUUUUUCCCAGUGGCUUUUGGGUUUUUGGGCACACUGACAAACAUCCCACUGCUGAGCAAGCUCUUGCAGAAGCUGGGGGACAGCAGCUCUGUGGUGUGA